AUAUAUCGUGGUAUUUAACCUCGACGACUUUUAACCCGAUCUUCUUCAUCGUAUGUUCAGAGAGACUCGAAUAGAUGUACUAUAAUACGCCAAGUAUGUCAUAAAUUAAUAGUUUAAACAUCGUGUAAGUAACAUAAUUGUCUCCUACAUCGUUACAUAGCUGAAUAAUGUAAAAUGUGUUCGAUUUUUACUUAAAAUUAUAGGUAUAAGGUGAAAAGUAAUCGUUAAAUUGAGUUUAUUGAUUAAGCAUAAUAAAAUGCCAAAAUAUGCGGAAGUGCUUCAUCAAACACUGGCUGUAAUUCCAGUUUGCCUAGAUGAAUUCACAAUGGGAAUCGGAUACGGCUGGCUGGCCCCUACUCUGCGCCAGUUGGAACAUAAUUCCACCUCAGUCACCUCAGAAAGCCAUUUUUUCCUGACAAAGGACGAAUGCUCGUGGAUAGCAUCGUUACACAGCUUCGGCCGAGCUAUCGGACCGAUUCUUUCAGCCUUCUUGGUGGAUAUCAUCGGUCGCAAAUUCAUCCUCAUCGUUCACGCUGUCGUGGCAUUCCUGAUGUGGCCAUUUCUACUCAACAGAUCAGUAUACAUCAUUUACCUAGUCCGUAUAAUAUUCGGUAUAGCUUUAGGAAUGUACGAGGUAGCGAAUACCGUGUACAUAGGAGAAAAUUGCUCGCCUAAAUUACGAGGCAUAUUGGGUAGCAUAACCGCUGCCUGUUUUUACGCCGGUGUCUUCGUCGAGUUCAUUCUAACAUCGUAUUUAUCCUACGAUACGGUGAUAAUAAUCAACACGGUUAUAGGCGCUCUAUGCCUAGCUUCCAUAUUACUGCUGAAAGAACCAGCUCAAUUUCUUCUAAUGAAAGAUCGCGAAGACGAAGCUCUAAAAACCCUAAUGUGGUUAAAGGGUACCAACGACAUGGCCCACGUUAAACCAGAAUUCGAACGAAUCAAACAAAACGUGUACGUCGAAAAGUUGAAAAAAUUCUCUCCAAGAACCAUCUUCUUAUCGAAAGCUAAUUAUAAAAGUAUCACCAUCGUGUUGAUUAUUUACCUAAUAACCGCAUCUACCGGAUACGAGGCGAUAACCGCGUUCGCUUCGAUGGCAUUUUCGUCAUCCGAAAUGCUGACUCAAGACGACUUCACCAUAUUAUUCGGUCUAUUGUCUUUAGUAGCCGUUUGCAUAUCGUCGUGUAUUAUCGAACGUAUAGACAGAAGAUCUUUCAUACUGAUUUCGUUCUCGUUUUGUACGCUCGUAUUGUUAUGUACGACUGUUUUAUUUUACCUUCACGAUAAUAACGUCACCGAAAUCGCCAAUUUUUCGUGGCUAAUAUUUUUUACCAUUACGUCAUACGCGACGAUUUACGGCGCCGCUUAUCCGGCCAUUUACAUUAUUAGAAGCGAAUUAUUCCCCCUUAGUGUGAAAGCCAUAGGUGGAUGUUUGUCUAUAAUCGGUAAUUCGGUUGUAGGGUUCGUAAUAUCGAAUAUUUUCUUAGUUGUAGCGAAGGAUUACGGAAUGUACGUGAAUUUUCUCAUAUUUACCAUUUUCAGUUUAAUUACCGUGAUUUAUAUUUAUUUCGUGUUACCAGAAACUAGAGGGAAAACGUUGAUCGAGAUACAAGAGUUGCUCGAGAAAUAGAUCUGAAUGUAAGGGAGUGGGUGUCUGAAAAAUUGGAACCAAUGGGUGGUAUAGGGGGGGGGCUAGUGAGUUGAUGACUGCUUGCCUGUUUGUUAAACUAAAGGGGCAAUGGGAAUAUUUUGAACAAUUUAUGGAGGGUAAAUCACUGGUAAAUGCGAGAUACGAGACCCCUUCAAUUUCAACUUUAGACAAAUAUCAAUACAUCAUCCUCAUCCAAAGACUCAUUUAGUAUUCAAAGUCUAUAGAUAAAUUCUAUACCUUCCCAUUGUCAGAAACUUUGUAUGGAAUCAAUUCUUUUCCAAAAGAUAGUCACACACUUUCUUCGAAUUUUUUUUUCUUGAAAAUAAGAUACCCUCUCUCCCUUUCCCUUCCACCAACAGCUCAAAGUUUCAAUUAUUUUGAAAAACUAGCCGCACACAAAAAUUAAUCUAAUAUAUGAACAUUUUUUGCUUAAAAUUUUAUGAUACCUAUGAAGAACAAUUUUUUGAACAAAUUAUAAUUUUUUUUUGAUACUUAUUUUCAAGGAAUUUUUGGUCUCAAAAUUAAAUAAAGUCAUAAAUACAUUCAACAAGUCUUGCUUCCCCUAUCUUUUUUAUCUACAAAAUUGAUUUUAUUUCAAUUUUUAGAGAAACAGGGGGGUUUUCAACACACUUUUUGUAAAAUUUUUGCACAAAAAAAUUCAUCGAAAAAAAGGGGCCAAAGUUUUGAAACACUUCGAAGCAUCAAGUUGAGAUAAAACUCAACCUUUUUUCAGCUUUAAAUUUUUUUAAAGAAAACUCAUGGCAAAAACAAAAUUUUUAGUUCCAGAAAUUCUAAAUUUUUCAAAUUUUCGAUGAAAACUUGAAAAAAAAAUCGUGCGUUCAGUUUUUUUUUUACGUAAAAUGCUUCUUUUUAGUUUUCAAAUUUGAAAAAAAUCGGUCAUUCAUACGUACUCAAUUUUUUCCAAAAAAAAACAGCAACUCAAGCAACCAAAAAAGUUCUAAAAAAUAUUCAAAAUUACUGCCAAAAAAAUAUAUUUUUCUAAAAUUCUGUCAGACAAGUGAGACUAUUUUGUAACUCUUAGGUAAUAAAGCAAGAUUUAGUUUAAUAAAAUUUGAUGAAUUUGAGCAUAAAUUGCAGAAAGUAUGUUACAACAAAAUCAAUUCUUAAAAUUCACCAAAAAAUAACGAAAUUUUACAAUUUUAGCAAAAGGGAAACCUUUUUUGGCCAAAAACGCGAGAUUUUCAAGUAGGUACCUAAUUUUUGAAAAAAAAAAAUCGAAAAAAGAGGCUUUAUGAAAACUUUUGGUAGUUUUAGAAAAAUAGUGGCAUUUUAUAGCAAUUUGGUAGAAAGCGAGGAUUUUUUCCAAUUUCUUUCAAAAAGCAAACUUUUUGAGAAUUUUGCAACUUUUUAAUGAAGAAAUUGGCUUUUUUAAAAAUGUUGACAAAAAGCAAAACUGACGAUUAUAUCAAAAAAGAAAAGCAUUUUGGAAAUUUUUGGCAACAAAGCGAGAAUUUUGGACAAUUUUUGAGAAAAAAAGUGGAACAUUUGAAAUUUUUGGAAAAAAAUUGCAAAAAUGAAGGCCUUUUGUAAUUUUUUGGUAGUUUUUGUAAAAUAGGGUCAUUUUACAGCAAUUUGGUAAAAAGCAAGAAUUUUUGUCAAUUUAUGCCAAAAAGCAAGAUUUUUUGAGACUUUUGCAACUCUUUGAUGAAAAAAGUUACUUUUUGAAAAUGUUAACAAAAAGUAAAAUUUUGACAAUUUUAGCAAAAAAGCAAGGUAUUUUAGCAAUUUUUGGCCACAAAUUGUGAUUUUUGGACAAUUUUUGAAAAAAAAAGUAGGACGUACAUUUAAAAUUUUUGGGAAAAAAUCGAGAAUUUUUGUCAAUUUAUGCCAAAAAGCAAGAUUUUUUGAGACUUUUGCAACUCUUUGAUGAAAAAAGUUACUUUUUGAAAAUGUUAACAAAAAGUAAAAUUUUGACAAUUUUAGCAAAAAAGCAAGGUAUUUUAGCAAUUUUUGGCCACAAAUUGUGAUUUUUGGACAAUUUUUGAAAAAAAAAGUAGGACGUACAUUUAAAAUUUUUGGGAAAAAAUCGAGAAUUGUUGUCAAUUUCUGCCAAAAAGCAAGACUUCCUGUGAUUUUUGCAACUUCUUGAUGAAAAAAGGUGACUUUUUGAAAACGUCGACAAAGAGCAAAACUUUGACAAUUUCAGUAAAAAGCAAGGAAUUUUGGCAAUUUUUGGCAACAACUCGAGACUUUUGGACAAUUUUGUAAAAAAAAGUGAGACGUUCUGAAUUUUUCAGAAAAAAGCGACGAUUUUCAGCAAUGUUUGGCCAAAAAUAACCUAGCUGACUAAAUGCGACAGUUUUCUGCUUAUUGUGCAAAAACCAAAAUUAUGGAUAGGUAAUCAGGUACGUACGGUUUGCCUAGUUAUGGCACAGAUAGUUUUAGCGAGUGCUUGACUUUUUUGUGCGUGCUCAAGGAACACAUAUCAACACUUCACAGGAAAAAAAAGUUUUGGGGAUUCAUUCGAAUUGAAAUCCAAUUUGCUUGAACCAUCCCAGAUUUUUUCAAGCCUUUUAUGAAAUUCUAAAAACCAGAAUAAAUUCACUCAUGGAUCGUUACGUAUUUUUGAAAAAUGCUGUCGCCCUAAUUUUCCAAACUCAGACGCUCCACACACAUCAUAAUAGCAUACAUAGGUCUAAAAAUUAUUUUAAAUUUGUUCAUUUUUCCCCAGAAAGAAGUACCUAACGAAAUACAAAGCUACCUAAUUAAUUAGGUAUAUCGAUAUUCAGCCACGAAAUAAAUUACCUAUUUUUUAAUCAAACCGUUCCGUCAAGUUCCACAUCAUUAAUAUUUAUGAUGAGCGAUACAUACAGAUAAAUACACAUACGUUCAAUUUCCACUUACCUUGCCCAAUAUUCUGUUACCACGAGAGCAUCAACGACUUUGUCUAAUGUCUAUACUCUGAUGAAAAGUUCAUUGUCAAGGUUCCACUUUGAAGAUCACCCUCUCAACCUCACGUAAGCCGGGUUUUUUUAUCCUAAAAACAGAAAAAAAUUCAAAACUCGUCAAUUCCAUGUUUAUUUAUAUUUUUUCGUAAUUGUUUUGUAAUUUAUUAUUUAUUACGUAUUGUUUUAUAUGUAUAUUAUUUUCAAAUAAAUUUUCUUAAUCCGA